UCAAUCUGAAUCUUCAUUAUCUUACUCUAUCUACUCAAUCUGAAUCUUUAUUAUCUUACUCUAUCUACUCAAUCUGAAUCUUCAUUAUCUUACUCUGUCUUACUGAAACUCAAUCUUGAUCUUACUCUGUCUUUCUGAAAUUGAAUCUUCAAUUUCUGUGUUGUGUUGCUCAAACUGUGUGAAAUUGUGUGAAAACUAGAAAAUAAGAUACGAAACGAGAUUUGACAAGAGUGUUAAUAAACAAUAAAGAGAAGAAAAUUUCUUUUUGAGUUGAUUUUUAGUGAAAGAAAUAAAGCUGACUGGUUGAUUGCUUGUUUAAGAUAUUGGAGAAAAUUGUUAGUGUAUAGAGAAAAAAAAGUGAAUUGAUUGAAUAACUGAAUUGUUAGAAAUUGAUUGUGAGAGAUAGAGAUAUUUUUGAUUGGUUGGUUGAUUGAGUGAUUUGAUAAAAGUGAAAUUCGUGAAUAUUACCUUUAGCAUAUAAGGUUGAAUAUAGAAACAUAACUUUAAGACCAACAAGAGUGUUAAUAAACAAUAAAUAAAAGAAAAUUUCUUUUUUGAGUUGAUUUUUAGUGAAAGAAAUAAAGUUGACUGGUUGAUUGCUUGUUUAAGAUAUUGGAGAAAAUUGUACAGAGAAAAAAAAGUGUAUUGAUUGAAUAACUGAAUUGGUAGAAAUCGAUUGUGAGAGAGAUAUUUUUGAUUGGUUGGUUGAUUGAGUGAUUUGAUAAAAGUAAAAUUUGUGAAUAUUACCUCUAGCAUAUAAGGUUGAAUUUAGAAACAUAACUUUAAGACCAACUAAGGCAAAACUAGAACACUUCGUACUAGCAGAGAGAAAGUAGAGGAAUUACACGAUAAAAAUAACAGAACACAGAAAUUUAUUUUAAAGAGCGCCAUCUUGAGGCAAAAACAAUACUUCCAAACACAUCGUAAACAGAAAUUUAGUUACAUCGAGGUAUUAAUUUAUUUUGGUCUUUACUGAGACGACGGUUUGAAGAACACAUUCUACUUUUGUAUUGAUAUAGGGUUGUAUAAAAGUGUUGAUUGAUAAAGAAAGAAAUUUGUGUCUGGAUAUAGGCUCCUGUAGUGUUCAUAGCUUUAGUAUUAUAAGUAAGCCGAUUGCAGAGAGGUUGAGAACGAACAUUGUAUCGGGAUAUAAAUAUAGUUUUAUAAAUAUAAAUCGGCUUGAUCGAUUAGAAAGAUAAUAAGAAAAUAUUUAAAUUAGGAUAUAAAGUGGACUUUUUUUACACAGAGUUUUAAUACAGAUUGUUGUUAAUAGAGCGCCAUCACAAGGCAAAUUAAUAUAAUAAAGAGAAAUUCCGUCACGAUCAAUACCUUCUAGAUUAAUAUUUAACACAAUUGCCGAAGAGCGCCAUCUUUUGUUGAAAGCUAUAUAUUUUUCUAGGCAUUAAUUUUCAUUUUUGUUAAAAGGAAAUAAUUCCAAGAAGGAAUACAGUAUUGACAAGAUAUUGCAUUGUCUAUUAUACAAAAUACAACAUACAUUGACCUAUAAUCCAUACAUUUAACUUUAAAAAAUAAAGAAAUCCCCCCAAAAGCAAACACUUUGAACAGCAAAUCAAAGACCAUUACAAGGCAAUUUGAGGUGAUCAAGACAUUACAGCUCGAAUAGAAGGCUUCCUCUAAAGGAGUUUUUAUCUUGAAACAAAAACAUAAUAGUCUGUAUAUAGUUCAGGCUUUGAUAUACACUGAAUUUCAGUAAAGAUUUUGAAUUGAUAUUGACAACAGUGAUACUUCAAAUUACAAUUGUGCAUCAUAAUUUGAAUACAGAUACACUGUAUAAGAUAAUUUGGAACGGAAAACCUUGUCUUGGCAAAAAAGCAAAAGGGCAGUUGUAAUCUUAUAGUUCAAAGCUUUGUACGAAAUAUUUUGUGAUGGAGGAAUACACUGAUACAUGUUGUGUUUGUAAGAAUUUAAUUGGAGAGGAUGAGAUUACUGUAACUUGCAAGUCAUGUACUGGUCCCUAUCAUGUUACUUGUAUGGGUUUUCCAUGUAAGGAGACAAUCAAUGACACAAAUGAUAGAAGAUUGAUAGACACUACUGAAUUCAAGACAGUUGUUGAUGAAAUCUUAGAUGUACUGUCUACUUGUGCACCGCUGAUGAAUUCAGAGUUUGAUGCAUGCUGCAUAUGUGAAAGUGAGAUCGGAAAUGACAUAAGUUCACUUUGUGAGUUUUGCAAUAGUCAUUUUCAUGUUUCAUGUAUGCAACUGCCCUGUGAAGACAAACUGAAUGAUAGGAGAUUGAUUUGGAUUUGUUCUUUGUGUGGAAAUAACAACAUCGCUCAUCGCAUGUUUGAUCAAGUAUGUAUCCCUUCUCAUUUCAAUAGAUACGAACUUCUUGGUGAUCAUGAUGAACACUGUUACUUGGAUUUGAACCAAUCAAGGACCCUAUCAAGUACGACCAACAAAAGAAAAUGUGGCAGAUCAAAGAAGAGAUCAAGGAUUUCCGAAUGUACAGAGUUCAUGCUGGUGGCAAGAGAAAAGAAGCAAAGAACAAGAAAGGUCGAGCAAGGAACAAGAAAGAAGCAGUCGAGGUUUCCUGAGUUGUAACGGACACAGUGUUGUACUUCGUACUCAAAGCUGGCAAGGUGUGUACAAGCAUUGCAUGAGGUUAGCAAAAUCAAUGGGAUGCCCCCUGCACACCGAAUAUGAAGUAACUAGUGUAUGUGCUAAAGCAACUUCCGGUAAGAAUGAAACCUUGAAAGGCUAUCCACAGUUACAGGAUUUUGUUUGUAAUCCAAUUCCUUCGUCAAAUACGCACAGUGAAAGUCAGUCUGGAAGCUCUGGAUGUUCCAUACAUUGUGAAAGCUUUGAUGAAGUUCAAAUAUUGGAUGAGAGUGUUUCCCCACAAAAGAUGAUUGAUAACCCAAAUGUAUUUCUCUUCCCUGAAGAAGCAAAUGAAACAAUCAUUCAUGAUGUACAUUAUAACGGUCAGCACCCACAAAAGAUGAUUGAUAACCCAAAUGUAUUUCUCUUCCCUGAAGAAGCAAAUGAAACAAUCAUUCAUGAUGUACAUUAUAACGGUCAGGAAUUGAAACUGAAGAGUGUGACAAUUGGCUUAACCAAAUUAAAAGAAUCCCAGCUAAAUAAUAGUUGUCUUCUGAACGGAAAUGACUCUAUAAAUACAGAAUAUGAAAAUGAACAAAAAGGAGAUUCCAAAAAUUGUACUAAAUCCGGGAAUGACUCUGAUAGAUUAAAUUUAGUGAACAAAGUUCAGAAUUCCAACUCUAUCUUAAGCAGAAAACGAAAAUGGAGUAACCUCGAAAGCGAUGCAAACGUUGAUGUCGACCUUGGCAAGGAAAUUCGAAAAACCAAAUUGCUAAAAAUGAAUGAGAACGACAGCUUAAGAAUUGAUGCAAGCGAAUGUGCUGAUAGUCAUGAUGAAUUAAUAGUAAUUGGAGAAGUUCAUGUUAGAAAUGUAGACCAUGGAAAGAAAAAACGUAAAAAUAGACAAAGUUCUAAUCAAAAAAGGAAGCGCAUGAGACAGCAAAUGAGAGAAAAACGAGCCCUGGCCAAAGAUGAAAUCAUUAAGAAAAGGAAAAGUGUAUUCACAAUGCGCAAAUGA